GCCUCCUUUUUUCACUGAAUGAACGAUCUAAAAUGUCAACAAAUAAUGAGAGACUUACGCAUGACGACUAUACUGUUGCUUGGAUCUGUCCGCUGGAAGUCGAGCAGAUCGCUGCUAUAACAAUGUUGGACAGCGAACACAAGCGCCUGAGACAACCACCUAAUGACCACAAUGUCUACACACUGGGCAGCAUCAACGGGCAUAAUAUUGUUAUUGCUGGUCUUUACUCCCCAGGAAACAACUCUGCGGCUGUUGUUGUGACGCAAAUGAGAAGUACCUUUCGGCAUUUAAGAUUCGGUGUGCUUGUCGGCAUAGGUGGCGGCGUUCCAACGAAGACUGGACGGGGUCACAUCCACCUCGGCCACGUUAUAGUGAGUAAACCAGAAGGCGAGCAUUCUGGCGUGGUACAGUACGAUCAUGGAAAGGCCGAACUCCACCUCCACCCUGUGCUGCUCAAUGCCGCACAGGAGAUGGAUGUAAGACGUGCAAUGGCGCUAGAAGAUCCUCUUCUUAACCAUAUUUCACGGAUUAACACCGCUAUUCCGGGCCUGCGGAGGUACAAAUAUCCCGGAGCUCAUAGAGAUCAGCUUUUCCGACCAGAAUACGUUCAUUCUGACCCCACAGCUUCCUGCCGGAAGUGUGGUUGUGACUUAAGCCAGGUUGUGGAUCGGUAUUCGGAUGAAAGCGACGAUGAUGACGAUAUAUGUGUGAAACGCGAGCAAGUGGUGGUGCACCGAGGAACGAUUGCCGCCGGCGAGUUGGUUCUAAAGCAUGGGCUGCUGAGAGAUAAAUUAGCAAGGCAGCAUGGCAUCCUCUGUUUCGAGAUGGAGGCCGCCGGAGCUUUAGCGGACUUCCCUUGCCUUGUUGUACGAGGUGUCUCGGACUAUGCAGACUCGCAUAAGAAUGAUCGGUGGCAAGGUUACGCCGCGGCAACUGCAGCUGCGUACGCAAGGGAGCUCUUCUUCCACAUGCCUGUGGAUGAGGUCAGGCAAUGCCGGAUAGCUGAGCGUGAUGUCCAACAAAUAACGAACCAAAUUCAAUAUCUUGUUCAGGACAAUCGGUGCCAGAAAGUACAUCAGUGGCUGUAUCCACCUGAUCCCUCCUCCAACCUGAAUAAAGCUCUGAAGAAACGACAUUUGGCGACAGGUUCCUGGUUUCUGGAUAGACGACCUUUCCUAGAAUGGAAGUCCGGAACAUUGCAAAACCUUUGGCUACAUGGAAUUCCAGGGUGUGGAAAGACCAUUCUCAGUGCGACAGUUAUAGAGCACCUCAGCCAGCUCCUACGUCCUUCUUAUGCCGUUCUCUAUUAUUUCUUCGAUUUUACCGAUGUCGAAAAACAGUCCAUUGACAAGCUCGUCCGUUCACUUGUUUCACAACUGUAUUCCAUAUGUGAAAAUUCUCGGAAAGAGCUAGACAUGGUAUACUCGUCCUGCGAAAACGGCCAAAGACAACCUGCAUACGAGACCCUUGUCAGCACGUUCCUGCAAAUGACGAAGGACAGAGAGGUCCGCAUCGUGAUAGAUGCUUUGGAUGAAUGCAAUGCUAGAGCCGAUCUUGUCUUAUUAAUAGAGCACCUCGCAACCGCUGGGUGCUAUCUUUUCGCUACGAGCCGGAAAGAAGAGGAUAUUGAAUCCGAAAUUAGACGUUGGUUGCAUCAUGACAGCAUUAUAUCAAUUGAUGCAGAUGCUGUAAACGGUGACAUUCGCACAUACGUCCGUACGCGGCUUCAGAGUGAUCGAGGUUUUGAGAGGUGGCGCUCGCGACAGCACGUCCAAGGCGAAAUUGAGGUUGAACUCAUGAAGAAAGCCGAUGGAAUGUUCAGAUGGGCUGCAUGCCAACUUGACAGUCUCGAAAAGUGUCCAGAUCUUCGGAAGCUUCGAGAGUCGCUUAGCUCUCUUCCAAAAACAUUAGAGGAGACAUACGGGCGAAUCUUGGCCAACAUUGAUGAGAUUUAUCGAGAUUACGCUAUUAGGGUUCUACAAUUUCUCACUUACUCAAAACGACCUCUUGCAAUUGAAGAGGCUGUCGAUGCGUUGGUAGUCGAUCUCCGCAUAGGCGCUCCGUUCGACCCCGAGCUAAGAAUGCCGCAGCCGCGAGAUAUUAUGAAAAUAUGCUCCAGUUUGGUGACUCUUAUUACAAGACCCAACAAACACAAACGCGGAAAUUCGAUGGAGCUCCAGUUAGCGCAUUUCUCUGUUCAACAGUAUCUUAUGUCUGGCCGGAUUGCAGCGACAUUCCCGGCGAAUAUGGCAGAAGUCGGCUUACUAUAUCAAAAUUGUAUCAACGAAACUAGUGCAAGGGGAGCUCUCACAAGAGUAUGUCUGGCAUACUUAUCAUAUCUGCCUCACGAGAGUCCGCUUCCCCAAAUCAAGCAAGAUUUCCCGCUAGCGAGGUACUCCGCUCAGUACUGGUUGGACCAUGCAAAAGUGGCAGAAUCUCUGGAAGAUGUCCAGGAAGCUAUGCUGAGGUUUUUGGAAAUAAACGCUUACCAGGUCUGGGUUAGACUGUUUAACCCGGAUGCGCCCUGGUCCUAUAAUAAGCGGCGUAGGAUACAUCGAAAGAUGCAAUCUCGAUUGUACUGCGCGUCGCUAUCAGGCCUCCGACGUGUUACAGAAAUGCUAUUGCAGAAAGGAGCCGAUGUCAAUGAAGACGGCGGAUAUUACGGCACUGCUCUUCAGGCAGCAUCUGCUAAAGGCUAUACUGAGAUUGUGCAGCUACUGCUUGAGAAAGGAGCCAAUAUUAAUGCGCAGGACGGAAACUUCGGCACUCCUCUUGUAGCAGCUUGUAAUAAAGGCCACAUUGGAAUCGCGCAGCUGCUGCUUGAGAAAGGAGCGGAUGUGAAUGCGCAGGGCGGAAAAUACGGAACUGCUCUCCAGGCAGCAUCUGCUGAAGGCUAUACUGAGAUUGUGCAGCUACUGAUUGAGAAAGGAGCGGAUGCGCCGCCUAUACCUAGCUCGCCAUGGAAAGGACGAUAUGGCGCAUGGCUCCGUGUGACGACUCGCGAUACGAGGCGCCUGCAAGGCAUGGAGACGUUUGCAGAAUUUGCUUUCUAA